CGGGCCUCGGGCCGUCCGCCAUGGCUGGCGAGCAGCGGAGGGCGGGCUGGCUCCGCGGGGCCGAGGCGCGCACCAGCCUGGCCGCCUUCUUGCUGGGCGGCUCCGUGGUGGCCGCCGUGCCGCUUCUGCUCCGGGCCGGCUUCCAAGGCCGAGCCGCGCUGGCCCUCCACGUCGCCGGCGCCAACGCGACGCUCCUAUUGGCCUGGGGCCGAGCGCCGGGCGGGAUGUACCAGAUAGCAAUCCGGGCCUGUUUCCUGGGCUUCGCAUUCGGAUGCGGCUUGCUGCUCAGCUUCAGGCAGUCUUCCUGGAAACAUUUUGGCUGGUACAUGUGUUCGUUGUCUCUGUUCCAUUAUUCAGAAUAUUUGGUCACGGCAGUCAACAACCCCCGUAGCCUGUCUCUGGAUUCCUUCCUGCUCAACCACAGCUUCGAAUAUAACAUGGCCGCUCUUUCCUCGUGGAUCGAGUUCACCGUGGAAAAAUUCAUUUUCCCAGAAAUGAAGCAGGUGGCUUGGCUCAGCUCCGCCGGGCUGCUGAUGGUCGUGUUGGGCGACUUCUUACGCAAAGCAGCCAUGCUGACCGCCGGCUCGAAUUUCAACCACAUCGUCCAGAACGAGAAAGCGGAGUCGCACCGGCUGGUGACGCGGGGCGUGUAUGGCUGGUGUCGGCACCCUUCGUACGUCGGGUGGUUUUCCUGGAGCGUCGGAACUCAGGUACUUCUCUGCAACCCCGUCUGCCUGAUCGGCUACACCCUGGUUUCCUGGCGUUUUUUCCGCGACCGGGUGGAAGAGGAAGAACGGGCCCUGAUCCACUUUUUCGGAGAAGAAUAUUUAGCCUAUAAGAAGAAGGUGCCCUCCGGACUCCCCUUUAUCCGCGGCUUCAAAAUUGAACUUUGAGACACGAGACACCCCUUCACUUAACACUGGCAUCGGGGGUGGGGAGGCUACGUCCUGCCUCGGUUUUUGCUAAGCCUUUGGAAAAGCCUCUGAGCACGUGCAGAGGGCUCGAGAAACUCUAGAGCAAGGGUCUCCAACCUUAGCAACAUUUUUAAGACUUGUGGACUUCAACUCCCAGAAUUCCUCAGCCAUCCAUGCCUGUUUCUUUUCUUCCACUGUCUAGAGCGGAGAGAUUGCAGAGAAAGGGAGCGGAGAGAGCAAAGCUGACUGAGGAAUUCUGGGAGUUGAAGUCCACAAGUCUUUAAAGUUGCCAAGGUUGGAGACCCCUACUUUAGAGGUUCCUUUAAAAAAGAAAUACUUUCGUUGGAGGAUUUACGGGGCUGCCUAGAGUUCUCCGACCGAGCCAUAAGUCUAAUUUUCCUUUUUGUUUUUUUUUAAAAAAGAGAAAAUUUGCUAUUUGUCGUUUGCGUCUCGCCCCGAGUUUGAAUCCCAGCCUGGAUCAAAAGAUUACUGAGAAAAAAAAUUCCCACAGAUUAUAUUUCCGCCCCCCCACCCCCAAAAAAUCAUGAAAAUCUUGAUCUUUUCCCCUUUGCCCUUCUUACGGCCGCUUAACGCUGUUUGAAGCCUGAUCUUAAAAUCUUUUGUAAAAAAAUAUAAAUUAAUUUUUAUAUAAGUUGUGAAAUUCGCACCCAGCCGUUUGAAGCCUGAUCUUAAAACUCUUUUGGAAAAAUUAUUAAUUUUAUAAGUUAUAAAAUUUGCAUCCAGCUGACUUGCAGCAUAAAAUCUCUCUUUUUUUUUUUCUUCCCCUCUGCCUGCCUGCAAUAAUUUUGGUCUCCCACCCAAAAAAGAGAUUUUUUUGUGGGGGGGGGGGAAAAGGAAGUUUUUUUUCCUCAUCACUUAUGCAAAACUUCGAUGGCAAAGCUGACAUAUGUGUCGAUUUCUACACCCGUUUCCUUCCUUGUUUUUUUAAAAAAUUAUUUUAUCAUCAUUUUGGCUUUUUUUCCUCUCUCUGCAGAGGGUUUCAACAUUCCUUGCUGUUCCUGGAACCUCCAUUUCUCUUUUUCCGUUUAAUUUCAUUAACUUGUUCAUUUCAACAUUUCGUUUCCGUAAAAGGCCACGGCGAAAUUGUUUUCUAACUUUGCACAGACACAACUCGGUAAAACCGAACACAUUGUCCUUUUCUUCCUCAGACUUUUCCUAUGGCGCGGUUCUGUUCCAGUUACAAACCAAAGAUAAAUUUAUUACCUUUU